AUGACGGGCAACAAGGUAUCCGAGGCGACUCGAGAGCGAGAGACAUUCAAAUACGACUCUAUCCUUGUUGCUAACUCGGUACGCAAUGAUGUCACAAAUCUCAUUCCUCCUGCUUCAUUGCGACCAUGCUCGGAUCCUGCCAUGACAGCUUUGGCACAAGUCGCUCUUUUGAGGCUUGGUGCCACCCGUGCCAUGAUCUCCCUGUUCGACUGCCAGAACCAGCAUGUCAUCGCAGAGGCUACUCCAGCAAUGCCCAUAUCAGCUCACUGCACCCUCCCAGUUUCUGGUCCCGACAGUCUUUGGCUUUGCGGAACCUCAAUACCUCGGGGUUACGGUAUUUGUGACGUUGUAUUGGGUCCCCCGGAGCUUGACGACAUGAUACAAAUAACAGCAUCUUCAGAAUCUCCUAUCCGGGUUGUAAGCGACCUCGCUACAAGUGAAGAGUUUCGACAUACAUGGUAUUAUAAAACACGGCCUGAGCACCGCUUCUAUGCAGGUGUUCCUAUUACAACACCUAGAGGGAUCAACAUUGGUGUAUUCUGCAUUUUAGACAAUAAACCACGAGACUCAUUCGAUGAAGCAUCCAUUCAAAUUAUGAGAGAUAUCUCGGCAUCUAUCCUGGGCCAGAUGGAACUAACACGAUCUGGAGAUGGACGACGACCUGGGGAGCGUAUGGUACGUGGCCUAGGAAGUUACGUCGAAGGAAAGGCCACAAUGUCUGGCUGGCGGUCCAGUUUCACUCACGCGUUCGACACCGAUGCUGGUACAGAAGAAGGGGCACUUAAUCAGACUCAGCAAAAAUUACAGAAUCGACGUGAGCAUGCUUCAUCUGUUGGAAGCUCGGAACAAAUGGCAACACCAGACACUUUUAUUCUCGAAAGUCCCAUGGAAAAGAGAUCCGCAAGCCCCCCUCGUCCUACAGAGAGGCAACUCCAUCCAGACGCUUCGGGAGAAGAAUCGCAACAGAGUCAGUUAAAACACAUAUUCUCCAAAGCUGCUAAUAUCCUCAGAGAGUCGAUAGAGGUUGAGGGGGUUCUGUUUUUGGAUGCAAGUGUGGGCACUUUCGCUGGUAGAGUUCGAUCUGGCUCGGUCCGGCGCGAAUCCCAGGCUCACGAACGCUCUUCGUCUUCGUCAUCCUCUUCAUCAACAAGUCGAGGUCAUGUCUCUGUCUCAUCGCCCAGAAGCUCCGGCGACCCCCAAGCAAAGGGUGCCCCGUGCCCUAUUCUAGGCUUUUCGACUUCCAUGUCAUCGAGUAUAAACGGUGAAGCACCAGCAGGGCGCAGUCAAAUAGUCCCUGAACGGCAACUCCAGAGGCUACUCCGCCGAUACCCGAAGGGUAAGAUCUUCAAUUUUGACAGUCAAGGAGUUAUGGCCUCCAGUGACCCUACCAGCGAGGACUCCGCAAUGGCCGCUUUUCAAGAAUACAAAGCUCGAGAUCUGGAAGAAGAACCCGCUGGGGAGAACAGAAAAGCUCGAGGCGCAAGGGACCCAUUUUCACGAAGAAACGAAGGCAUGGCCAUUCGUGAUCUUUUCCCAGGGGCACGCAGUGUCGCCUUUGUACCUCUCUGGGACUCGAACCGUCAGCGCUGGUUUUCAGGGUGUUUUGUUUACACCAUGACGCCGACUCGCAUUUUCACAGUCCAAGGGGAGCUGAGCUAUCUUACGGCGUUCAAUACGGUCAUCAUGGCUGAUGUUAUAAUGAUGGAGGGCGCUAUUGUGUCACUCGCCACCACGUCUUUACUCAGCUCAUUAUCUCACGAGCUCCGCUCUCCACUACAUGGAAUUGUGCUGUGUGCGGAGCUUUUGCGUGACACUUCACUGGAUGUUUUCCAAGGAGAUGUGCUGCGCUCACUCGAGGUUUGUGGACGGACGUUGUUGGACACGAUCAAUCACUUGCUUGAUUGGACGAGGAUCAACAACUUUGCUAGAAUACCUAACGAGCAACCGCUUAGUCUGGGCAUGCCUCCAAGGCGUGGAACGCAAGCUAAUAAGAAGAGUUCGCCAGCGGAUGGUAUGAUGCGAAUAUCCUCAAAUCUUGAUGUGGACAUGCUGGUGGAAGAAGUCGUGGAAUGUAUCCACGCAGGCCACACCUAUCAGCAACAAUCCGUCUCGCUGCUGGGCGACCGUAGCUCCGAGGAAGAGCUCAGCCGUGGUCCAUAUGCCCGCCUCGACGGCAUGGACUUGGCAGAAGGUAGCAAGGCAGGAAACCAAAGGCCCAGCAAUGGAGUCAAUCUCAACAAAGUACUUGUGAUAUUGGAAAUUGAUCCAAAUGUAGACUGGGCCUUCCAUGUUGAAUCAGGCGCAUUACGGCGAAUAAUACUUAACCUUUGUGGCAACGCUCUCAAAUACACCACACAGGGUUUUGUCAAAGUCAAAGCAUACCAAGACUCCCCAGGUCAGGGAAGACCGAGAGACAGAGUUGUCCAUAUCGAAAUCAUGGAUACGGGGAGUGGCAUUGGACAAGAUUAUCUCAACCACCGCAUAUUCUCCCCAUUUUCUCAAGAAAAUGUCCACUCUUCGGGUGCCGGACUUGGGCUCAGUCUUGUGCGAAAGUUUGUGAGAGCUCUUGGCGGCUCUAUCCACAUUCAAAGCAAAGUAGGCACAGGAACCCGUGUCACUGUGAAGCUUCCACUGCAAAUUGCUAGCCCAGAGUCGACCGAGACAGCUUCCGAGCGCGACGAAUUCAAAUCACAGAUCAUCGAGCUCUCCCGCCUACGCGUCUCUAUUAACGGGUUUCCGUCAUGUCGCGGGAGUUCAGAGAGUCAACGCUGGGGCUCCGCAGAGUUCGACGAGUAUAGCUCAUUGGAGAAGGUUUGUCGAGACUGGUUGCAAAUGGACGUUGUCGGCCCCCUUGGAAACGAAAGCUUUUACCCGGACCUGAUUCUAUGCGACGAGACUCAGUUAGAGAUGAUAGCAAACCAGCCCCGAGGCGAACUAUCGUCCCCGGUAGUCGUGGUGUGUCGCAGCGCCGCAGUUGCUCGCCAGCUCGACCAGUUCCACAGGUCGCGUCACAGGUUAAAUUGGGGGCUGUUCAGUUUCAUAUCUCGCCCUGUAGGGCCAAGGAAACUAGCAAAAGCCUUUGUGCUUUGCUUCAGGCGCUGGACUAAGCUGCAAUCAACAGCUGCUGACCGUGCCAGUGUUUUCACAACACUUGAUGAGCCACCAACGAUGCCGGCAGUGGAACCAAGCUCAUCUGAAGAUGGACUUGAUAAUAAGAACGCUGGGUACUUUGACCUUGCUCCUAAGUUUUCACCCCAAAAGAAACGGGCGCGGACGGAUGAAGACGAGUCCUGGACCCCGUCACCAUCAACGCCAGCCAUACGACCGGCCCCUUCACCACCAGAACCCCGAUUCCUCCUGGUGGAAGACAACGCCAUUAAUAUGAAGAUCCUUCAGACGUAUAUGAAGAAAUUGGGCGUAGUGUAUGACUGUGCAUCAAACGGGCAGCAAGCUGUGGAGUCAUACAAAGCCAAGGGAGGGACGUAUAAAUGCGUCUUGAUGGAUAUUUCGAUGCCAGUAAUGGACGGCUUCGAGGCAACACGACUAAUUCGGUUAUUUGAGAAAGAGUCAAGUCUACCACGGAGACAAAUAGUGGCCAUCUCUGGUCUCGCCUCGAAGGAUGCGCAGGACGACGCAUAUGCCAACGGGCUGGACUUGUUUCUUGCCAAGCCAGUGCAGUUGAAGGAACUCAGUCAGAUUCUUAAGAGCCGGGAGCUUAUUUGA